AUGCUGCGCGCUACUAGAUCGUCGACCUUGAAGGUCUCAGAGGCUGCGAGCCUGCUGAGAAAAACUCCCUCUGCGCGCAAUGCUCGGUGGAUCGCGUCCUCCUCGAAACCGACGUCGCUGUCGAGUCGUGCGAAGCUGGGCUUGGCUCCCCGGAGACCAUUGGCGUUGGUGGGAGCUCAGGAAGUGUGGAAGCAGCGUAGGCAAUAUGCGAUUGCGGCUGAGGAGACGAAUAAAGGAGUGGAUCCCAAUGAUUCAUUCCUUCAAGGCAAUACCGCGGACUACAUCGACGAGAUGUACUUGGCGUGGAAAAAGGAUCCGUCAAGCGUUCACAUUUCGUGGCAGACCUACUUCCAUAACAUGGAAGAAGGGAACAUGCCCAUCUCGCAAGCCUUCCAGCCGCCACCUACUCUCGUUCCUACUCCCACUGGCGGAGUCCCCCAGCACAUGCCCACCUCCCGCACCGCCGCCGGAGCCGAAGUAUCGAAUCACUUAAAGGUCCAAUUGCUCGUCCGCGCAUACCAGGCGCGUGGUCACCACAAAGCGAAGAUUGACCCUUUGGGUAUUCGCGGAGAAGCUGAGGCGUUUGGAUACUCGAAACCCAAGGAGCUGGAGCUUUCGCACUAUGGAUUUACGGAAUCGGAUUUGGAUCAGGAAUUCGCACUUGGACCCGGCAUUCUUCCUCGUUUUGAAACAGAAACGAGAAAGAAGAUGACUCUCCGUGAGAUCAUUGCGGCUUGCGAGCGCAUUUACUGUGGUUCCUUUGGUAUCGAGUACAUCCACAUUCCCGACCGUGAGCCUUGCGACUGGAUCCGUGAUCGUGUAGAAAUCCCUCAACCGUACAAGUACUCUGUCGAUGAGAAACGCCGGAUUCUGGACCGUCUAAUUUGGUCUACCUCCUUUGAAGCGUUCCUGGCCACGAAAUUCCCGAACGACAAGCGAUUCGGCUUGGAAGGCUGCGAAACCCUCGUUCCUGGAAUGAAAGCUUUGAUUGACCGAAGCGUCGACUAUGGCAUCAAGGACAUUGUGAUUGGUAUGCCUCAUCGUGGUCGUUUGAAUGUGCUGAGCAACGUCGUGCGAAAACCGAACGAGUCGAUCUUCAGCGAAUUCACCGGUACCGCCGAACCAGGCGACGAAGGCUCUGGAGAUGUGAAAUACCAUCUCGGUAUGAACUUUGAGCGCCCGACUCCCUCUGGCAAACGUGUCCAGCUUUCCCUAGUUGCGAACCCGUCUCAUCUUGAAGCCGAAGAUCCCGUCGUGCUUGGAAAGACCCGCGCAAUUCAGCACUACAACCAUGACGAGAAGAACUUCAACAGCGCCAUGGGUGUGUUGCUCCAUGGUGAUGCUGCUUUCGCCGCCCAGGGUGUUGUCUACGAGACUAUGGGCUUUCAGUCGUUGCCUGCCUACUCGACCGGCGGUACAGUUCACAUCAUCGUGAACAACCAGAUCGGUUUCACUACUGACCCUCGUUUCGCUCGCUCUACCCCGUACUGCUCUGAUAUUGCCAAAGCGAUCGAAGCCCCUGUCUUCCACGUCAACGCUGACGAUGUCGAGGCCGUCAACUUUGUUUGCCAAAUGGCCGCUGACUGGCGUGCUCAGUUCAAGAGUGAUGUCGUUAUUGACAUUGUCUGCUACCGUAAACAGGGCCACAACGAAACCGACCAACCGGCCUUCACCCAACCAUUGAUGUACAAGCGUAUCGCUGACCAAACUAGUCAAUUGGAAAAAUACGUCGACAAGCUCUUGAGUGAGAACUCGUUUACCAAGGAAGACAUCGAGGAACACAAGAAAUGGGUCUGGGGAAUGCUCAACGACAGCUUUGAUCGCAGCAAGGACUACCAGCCUACGAGCAGAGAAUGGCUGACUUCUGCCUGGAACGGAUUCAAGUCUCCCAAGGAGCUUGCGACCGAGGUUCUCCCUCACCUCCCAACCGGUGUUUCCCAUGAAAACCUGCGCACGAUCGGAGAUAAGAUCAGCGAGGCACCUGAGGGAUUCAACGUCCACCGCAACCUCAAGCGUAUUCUCGCGAACAGAAAGAAGACCGUGGAUGAGGGCAAAAACAUUGACUGGGCCACUGCGGAAGCUCUCGCUUUUGGUACGCUGUGCAACGAAGGCCAUCAUGUCCGUGUCUCCGGCCAGGAUGUUGAGCGCGGUACUUUCUCCCAGCGACAUGCUGUUUUGCACGACCAGGAGAGUGAGGCGACCUAUACGCCUUUGCAGCACAUCAGUGAGAACCAGGGUACAUUUGUUAUCUCUAACUCCUCGCUCAGCGAGUUUGGCGUUCUUGGAUUCGAAUACGGCUACUCAUUGACAUCGCCCAAUGCUCUGGUCAUGUGGGAAGCUCAAUUUGGCGAUUUUGCCAACAACGCUCAGUGCAUCAUCGAUCAGUUCAUCGCCUCUGGUGAAGUAAAGUGGCUCCAGCGAUCUGGCUUGGUCAUGUCCCUGCCUCACGGUUAUGACGGUCAAGGUCCUGAGCACUCUUCUGGCAGAAUCGAACGUUAUCUCCAGCUUUGCAAUGAGGAUCCGCGUGUAUUCCCGUCUCCCGACAAGCUCGAUCGCCAACAUCAGGACUGCAACAUGCAAAUUGCUUACAUGACCACUCCUGCCAACUUGUUCCACAUCCUCCGUAGACAGAUCAACCGCCAGUUUAGAAAACCUCUUAUCAUCUUCUUCUCCAAAGCUCUCUUGCGUCAUCCAAUUUGCCGUUCGUCCAUCGAAGACUUCACCGGCGACUCCCACUUCAACUGGAUUAUCCCUGAGACUGAACACGGCAAGUCCAUCGCAGAACCCGAGCAGAUCGAUCGCGUCAUCCUUUGUACGGGUCAGGUAUACGCCGCGCUCGUCAAACACCGCGAGGCCCAGGGCAUCAAGAAUACCGCCAUCACUCGUAUCGAACAACUUAACCCCUUCCCGUGGCAACAACUCAAGGACAACCUUGACAGCUAUCCCAACGCCAAAGACAUUGUUUGGUGCCAGGAAGAACCGCUCAACGCGGGUGCCUGGAGCUUUGUCCAACCACGCAUUGAGACGCUGUUGAACAAUACCGAGCACCAUAACCGUCGCCAUGUCCUGUAUGCUGGCCGUAACCAGAGUGCCAGUGUCGCCACUGGAUUGAAAGCCAGCCACAUCAAGGAGGAGCAGGAAUUGUUGCACGAUGCAUUCACCGUGCAUCAGGAUAAAUUGAAGGGAGAGUAG